AAAAGACAUGCCAGGCACUCAGCUGCUGGAAAUUUGGCUGUGUAGAACUAUAAGAGGAACAAUGAGUUUCCUUGCUGACUGCAUUCCUUUGACCCCAUACAAGGAGGAGGAAAGAUUUAGCAUAGGAGUCAGUAUCAAAGAAGAGAUCAACGACAAUAUCACAGAAGAUACAUGUGUGGAUAUUAAGGAGGAACCUCUUGACUAUGCAGAUAAAGAGAGAGCUGAAGUGAGUGACAUGAAAGUGGACCACAAAUAUCUUUUCUCCCAUGAUCUUCAUGAUCUAAGACAUGAAGUAAAAAUAACAGAUUCGUGUAACUUGGUUCAGGAUCGUAGUGACUUGUUAAGAACAUUAUUUCUGGCUGAGGACUGUGGGAACAAGGCUUCAUCAGAUGUGAAUCAGGUGAUGCACAAGGAAAGUCUGAAGGAGGAUACACAACCAAAAAUGGAAGCCACAUUGAAUUGCUUUGUGUGUCAGGUGUGUGGAAAGAAAUUCUCUCGAAAGAGUCAUAUAAACAUUCAUAUGAGAGUCCACACAAAGGAGAAGCCAUACAGGUGUGAUAUUUGCUACAAGGACUUUUCACAGAGAAGUAAUUUAGUAAGCCAUAUGAGAGUACAUACAAAGGAGAAGCCAUACAGCUGUGAGAUUUGCAACAAGGCUUUUUCUAAGAGAGAUUAUAUAGUAACACACAUGAGAGUACAUACAAAGGAGAAGCCAUAUAGCUGUGGCAUUUGCAACAAGGCUUUUUCACAGAAAAUUAAUCUAGUGAACCAUAUGAGAGUACAUAAAAGGGAGAAGCCAUACUAUUGUGAGAUAUGCAAUAAGGGUUUUCCUAAGAAAAAUCAUCUAGAAGUGCACAUGAGAAUACAUUUGAAGGAGAAACCAUACAACUGUUAUAUUUGCAAUAAGGCAUUUUCACAUAAGCAGAAUUUGGUGAGGCACAUUAGAGUACAUACAAAAGAGAAGCCAGAGAGCUUUGUGGUACAUAAGAGUACACAUAAACGAGAAGCAAUAAACUGGGACAUGGCAAGAACACCCUCUUUUGCAGUCAGUGGGACACAGGCCAUCAGAUGUUCUGGAAAGUACAUUGAGCUCUCAAAAGUACAAGCUUUCCUUAGACACUUAUUUGCUUCAAUCAGAUCUUCUACUUUGAGACUAUUUACUUUACAGCUAAGUUCCAAUACAUCAUACGUUAAGUCAGGCCUUGAAUUAAAUGCAGCAGGGAAUGUGUUGUUGGCAAACUCUCCACCAUUGUCACACAAAAAUUUCACAGGAGCUCCUAAACCAGUCCCUAACCAUGUCUCUAUAAUUUUCUCCACUAUCUCGUCGGGUUCUUUGCUUUUUGUCACACAUGAUUUUGAGAACCUGGUUGACAUGUCCACCAUAUCUGAAUUCAUCUCUUGGAAGUGGGAUGACCAAACUGUUGAUUCUAGUUUCAUUUGUGCCCUCUUCAUUGAUUUCUUGCUAAACAGAAGGGGAGUAGAACAAUUCACAACAUGGGCGGUUAUAUUUGCUCUAUCACCUAUGAUGUUCACUGGAAAUUUCACCUUCUUCAUUGACUUAAACACAUUACUGUCACCAAACUUAAAUGUAGUUUCACUUUCAUUUCCUUCUAUUCUCAAUUUCUCGUCUUCUGAGAAACUAUCAAACCUUGUCCAUGCCUCGUACGCUGCUGACAUCUCAUUUUUUUGUACCACUUGUCCAUGUGUUGAAGCAAAACCUCCAUUCCUUCACCCGAUCGUAACUUGUUUUCGCCGAAAACAGGCACUCUCGCCCGUCCGCCAUCGUCGUUGCCGUUCAUAUUUUCUUCUUGUAUCUUUUGUAAUACUGAAUGAUCUGCUUCGCCUUACCACCAACCACGCUCUGCUUGUUGAGCUUCUGGAUCGGUGUGAAGUGGUUAAAUAUAAAAUUCAUACAUGUACUUACCAUUUCCAUAUAUUUACUUUUUAUCAUUGGAAAGACUAUUAUUGUAGUCUAUAUCUUUCUAUAUUUCACAAGAAAUGCAGUUUGUUACCUGGUUUCCUUUUUUCCUUUCACAGAGGAACAAUGAGUUUCCUUGCUGACUGCAUUCCUUUGACCCCAUACAAGGAGGAGGAAAGAUUUAGCAUAGGAGUCAGUAUCAAAGAAGAGAUCAACGACAAUAUCACAGAAGAUACAUGUGUGGAUAUUAAGGAGGAACCUCUUGACUAUGCAGAUAAAGAGAGAGCUGAAGUGAGUGACAUGAAAGUGGACCACAAAUAUCUUUUCUCCCAUGAUCUUCAUGAUCUAAGACAUGAAGUAAAAAUAACAGAUUCGUGUAACUUGGUUCAGGAUCGUAGUGACUUGUUAAGAACAUUAUUUCUGGCUGAGGACUGUGGGAACAAGGCUUCAUCAGAUGUGAAUCAGGUGAUGCACAAGGAAAGUCUGAAGGAGGAUACACAACCAAAAAUGGAAGCCACAUUGAAUUGCUUUGUGUGUCAGGUGUGUGGAAAGAAAUUCUCUCGAAAGAGUCAUAUAAACAUUCAUAUGAGAGUCCACACAAAGGAGAAGCCAUACAGGUGUGAUAUUUGCUACAAGGACUUUUCACAGAGAAGUAAUCUAGUGAGCCAUAUGAGAGUACAUAAAAAGGAGAAGCCAUACAGCUGUGAGAUUUGCAAUAAGGGUUUUUCUAAGAGAGAUUAUAUAGUAACACAUAUGGGAGUACAUACAAAAGAGAAGCCAUACAACUGUGACAUUUGCAAUAAGGCUUUUUCACAGAAAAUUAAUCUAGUGAACCAUAUGAGAGUACAUAAAAGGGAGAAGCCAUACUAUUGUGAGAUAUGCAAUAAGGGUUUUCCUAAGAAAAAUCAUCUAGAAGUGCACAUGAGAAUACAUUUGAAGGAGAAACCAUACAACUGUUAUAUUUGCAAUAAGGCAUUUUCACAUAAGCAGAAUUUGGUGAGGCACAUUAGAGUACAUACAAAAGAGAAGCCAUAAAAGAGAUUUUUUUACUUAGUGCCACACAUGAGAGUAAAACCAAAAGAGAAAA